GAAUGGUCACACGCUCUUUGGUGUCCUAAAUUACACCAGAACUCCGGGUGGAAGUCGAAGGCUUAGAUCCAAUAUCCUGGAGCCGCUAGUUGAUGCUGAAACAAUUAACACGAGGCUGGACUGUGUUCAGGAAUUACUCCAGGAUGAGGAGCUCUUUUUUGGUCUCCAAGCAGUUAUUUCAAAAUUCCUGGAUACGGAACAACUGCUUUCGGUUUUGGUACAAAUUCCAAAGCAGGAUACAGUUAAAAAUGCUGAAUCAAAAAUAACUAAUUUAAUCUACCUGAAGCAUACUCUGGAACUCGUGGAGCCGCUAAAAGCUGCGUUGAGGCCCUGUAACACGCCACUGCUGAGGGCUUACCGCGAUUCUCUCCAAGAUACGAGGUUUGCAGUGAUCCUUGAAAAGAUUACGACUGUCAUUAAUGACGAUACACGGUACACAAAGGGAUGUCUGAGCAUGAGGACCCAGAAGUGCUAUGCCAUCAAGCCUAACAUCAAUGAAUUCCUGGACAUAGCUCGUCGCACGUACACAGAGAUCGUGGAUGACAUUGCAGGAAUGAUAACACAGCUCGCAGAAAAGUACAACCUACCAAUGAAAACAAGUUUCAGCUCUGCUCGUGGAUUUUUUAUCCAGAUGAAUGUGGACUGUUCAGCAUUACCCAAUGGCCAACUUCCUUCGGAGUUUACAAAGAUCACGAAGAUGAAAAACACAUACAGCUUCACCUCAGCAGAUUUAAUAAAAAUGAAUGAACGAUGUCAGGAGUCCCUGCGAGAAAUCUAUCACAUGACCUACUUAAUAGUGUGCAAACUGCUGAACGAGAUCUAUGACCACAUUCAUUGCCUCUACAAGCUGUCUGACGUUGUGUCAAUGCUGGAUAUGCUGCUUGCCUUUGCCCACGCCUGCACUCUUUCUGAUUACGUUCGUCCAGAAUUUACGGAUACUUUAGCGAUCAAGCAGGGAUGGCAUCCCAUUCUUGAAAAGAUAGCUAUGGAAAAGCCCGUGUCUAACAACACAUACCUGACAGAGGGCAACAAUUUCGUCAUUAUCACAGGACCAAAUAUGAGUGGAAAAUCAACAUACCUGAAACAGAUUGCACUCUGUCAAGUUAUGGCACAGAUCGGUUCUUAUGUCCCAGCAGAGUAUUGUUCUUUUCGAAUCACAGAGCAGAUUUUUACCAGAAUAGGUAUGGAUGAUGAUAUAGAAACAAAUGCAUCAACGUUCAUGAAGGAGAUGAAAGAGAUAACAUAUAUCAUACAAAAUGCUAAUGACAAAUCACUCAUCAUCAUUGACGAACUUGGCAGAGGUACCAGCGCUGAAGAAGGUAUCGGCAUUUGUUACGCUGCCUGUGAAUACCUGUUGAAUUUAAAG